GCCGAGAGAGAGAGAGAUAGAGAAGAGAGAGAGAGAAGAGAGGGGGGCUGAUGAUGGGACAGAGCGCGAGUUACAUCCAACUUGUGUGAAGUUGCGGAGCUGCGCAGCUUCAUCCCCGCGUCCUUCAUGCGGGAGAUGUUGCGGUCCACUGCGCAUUUCUGACGAACAUUCACCCACACGGUGACCGUCAAAGUUUAAAGAGCAGAGAUGACGGUGCUGAAGGAAAUCCCGGAGAAAUGGUUUCCAGUCCUUCUCCCCCUGCAGAGAAAGAAACAGAAAGGACUCGAUGGAGGCAAAUCUAAAAAGGGGAGAGGAGAGGAGGAGAGAAGGGUCAGGGCCAAUGACAGAGAGUACAACGAAAAGUUUCAGUAUGCGAGUAACUGCAUCAUGACAUCCAAGUACAACAUCAUCACCUUUCUGCCCGUCAACCUGUUCGAGCAGUUCCAGGAAGUAGCCAACACUUACUUCCUUUUCCUGCUCAUACUACAGUUGAUACCUCAGAUCUCCUCCCUCUCCUGGUUCACUACCAUUGUGCCUUUAGCUCUGGUGCUCAUCAUCACUGCAGUGAAGGAUGCCACUGACGACUAUUUUCGUCACAAGAGCGACAACCAAGUGAACAACCGUCAGUCUCAGCUCCUCAUCCGUGGCUCUCUUCAGAAUGAGAAGUGGAUGAAUGUGCGAGUGGGUGACAUCAUUAAACUGGAGAACAACCAGUUUGUGGCAGCUGACCUGCUCCUGUUGUCCAGCACUGAACCUCACGGGCUCUGUUACAUCGAGACAGCCGAGCUGGACGGGGAGACCAACAUGAAGGUGCGUCAGUCGGUAUCGGUGACAUCUGAACUCGGGGACCCGAACAACCUUUUUUCAUUUGACGGUGAGGUGGUGUGUGAGCCCCCUAACAACAAGCUGGAUCGUUUCUGUGGGACUUUGUACUGGAGAGACAAGAAAUACACCCUAACCAACCAGAAGAUGCUGCUUCGAGGAUGUGUCCUCCGCAACACUGAGGCCUGCUACGGCCUGGUCAUCUUUGCAGGCCCAGAUACCAAGCUGAUGCAGAACAGCGGCCGCACUAAGUUCAAGCGUACGAGCAUCGAUCGCCUCAUGAACACUCUGGUCCUCUGGAUCUUUGGCUUCCUGGUGUGUAUGGGUGUGAUCUUGGCUGUGGGUGACGCUGUAUGGGAGAGAGAGGUGGGUACCCUGUUUCAGAGCUACCUGCCCUGGGACCCUCCUGUGAACAACUUCCUGUUCAAUGCCUUCCUCUCCUUCUGGUCCUACGUCAUCAUUCUCAACACCGUGGUGCCUAUCUCUCUGUAUGUCAGUGUGGAGGUGAUCAGGCUCGGUCACAGCUACUUCAUCAACUGGGACCAGCAGAUGUUCUGCUCACAGUGUAACACAGCGGCCGAGGCCAGGACCACCACUCUGAAUGAGGAGCUGGGGCAGGUUGAAUACAUCUUCAGUGACAAGACUGGAACUCUAACUCAGAACAUCAUGAGCUUCAACAAGUGCUCCAUCAAUGGACAGACUUAUGGUGAAGUUACAGACCCACUUGGACCUCAGCCAACGAGGCUGGACUUUACCCCCUUCAACCCCCUGGCGGACCUGGACUUCUGUUUCUAUGACGGCACGCUGCUGGAAUCAGUGAAAGUGGGAGACUCGCACACUCACAAGUUUUUCCGCUUGCUCUCCCUCUGUCACACGGUCAUGAGCGAGGAGAAGAGCGAGGGGGAGCUGGUUUAUAAGGCUCAGUCUCCAGAUGAGGGCGCUCUGGUGACAGCGGCUCGAAACUUUGGAUUUGUGUUUCGCUCCCGAACGCCGGGGACGAUCACCACCACGGAGAUGGGACGACCCGUCACCUACACGCUGCUCGCCAUUCUGGACUUCAACAACAUACGCAAAAGGAUGUCUGUCAUAGUGCGUAACCCAGAGGGCAGGAUCCGCCUGUACUGUAAAGGAGCUGACACUGUGCUGCUGGAGCGACUCCACCCAUGUAACCAGGAACUGAUGAAUAUCACCUCAGACCAUCUCAAUGAGUACGCAGCAGACGGUCUCCGGACCCUGGCCCUGGCCUACAGGGACCUGUCAGAGGACGAGUGGGAGGCGUGGUCAGAGAGCCACCGCUGCGCCGACAAGGCCACCGACUGCAGAGAGGACCGGGUGGCAGCCGCCUAUGAGCAGAUCGAGCAGGACAUGAUGCUCCUGGGGGCCACAGCCAUUGAGGACAAGCUGCAGGAAGGUGUCCCAGAGACCAUCGCUGUCCUCUCUCUGGCCAACAUUAAAAUCUGGGUUCUCACUGGAGACAAGCAGGAGACGGCUGUCAACAUCGGUUAUUCCUGCAAGAUGUUGACAGAUGACAUGACCGAGGUGUUCAUCAUCAAUGGUCACACGGUCCAGAGCGUGCGGCAGGAGCUCAGGAGGGCGAGGGAAAGGAUGAUUGAGCUGUCACGCGCCAGAGAUGGUGGGAAGGAGUCGGGGAUGGAGGGAUCUUCACCUCCCUCCAACCUCAUGGACAACGUCUCUGGAGAGUUUGCCCUCAUUGUCAACGGUCACAGUCUGGCCCAUGCUCUCGAAGCCGACAUGGAGACGGAAUUCGUGUCGACAGCGUGCGCAUGCAAAGCGGUCAUCUGCUGCAGGGUCACGCCGCUGCAGAAAGCCCAGGUGGUGGAGCUCAUCAAGACACACAAGAAGGCCGUCACUCUGGCUAUAGGAGAUGGCGCCAACGACGUUAGCAUGAUCAAAAGCGCUCACAUCGGAGUUGGUAUCUCAGGUCAGGAGGGGAUCCAGGCCGUCCUCUCUAGCGACUACUCCUUCUCCCAGUUCCGAUUUCUGCAGCGCCUCCUGCUGGUCCACGGCCGCUGGUCCUACCUGCGCAUGUGCCGUUUCCUCUGCUACUUCUUCUACAAGAAUUUUGCCUUCACCAUGGUGCACUUCUGGUUCGGUUUCUUCUGUGGCUUCUCAGCUCAGACUGUUUAUGAUCAGUACUUCAUCACACUCUACAACAUUGUCUACACCUCCCUCCCUGUGCUAGCCAUGGGGAUAUUUGACCAGGAUGUUCCUGACCACAGGAGUCUGGAGUAUCCGAAGCUGUAUGAACCCGGGCAGCUCAACCUCCUCUUCAACAAGAAGGAGUUCUUCAUCUGCAUCACCCAGGGCAUAUACACAUCAGUGGUGCUGUUCUUUGUCCCCUAUGCUAUCCUGUCUGAUGCCACUCAGAGCAACGGAGUGCCCCUCGCCGACUACCAGACCUUCGCUGUCACCACGGCGACAGCACUGGUCAUCGUGGUCAGCGUCCAGAUCGCUCUCGACACAGGCUUCUGGACGGUCAUCAACCAUGUGUUUGUGUGGGGUUCUGUCGGCUGCUACUUCACCAUCAUGUUGGCCCUGCACAGUCAGAGCCUCUUCAGGAUCUUUCCCAGUCAGUUCCACUUUGUCGGUAGUGCCCAGAGCACGUUAUUGCAGCCGGUCGUGUGGUUGACUAUUGCGCUCGCGACAGCAAUAUGCAUAGUUCCAGUUUUGGCUUUCCGCUUCCUCAAGCUGGACCUGAAACCUCAGCUCUCAGACACGGUGCGCUACACGCAGUUGGUGCGGCAGAAGAAGAGGAAGCCAGUUGGACGCAGUGUAGGAAGUGCCUGGCGUGGCAUGGGCAGCGUGUCAGAGGGUCGUCUUGGCGCUCGUGGUGGUUCGAGGAGGUCAGGCUAUGCCUUCGCCCACCAGGAGGGCUUUGGAGAGCUGAUCACCUCUGGGAAGAACAUGAGGCUCUCGUCCCUGGCCCUGGCCAACUUCGCCUCCAGACACAGCUCCAGCUGGAUCGACACGCUCCGUAGGAAGAAACACACUCACACUCACACUCCCCCCAGCGCCUCAGGGGAGUGCAGUCCAGCGCCCAGUUGUGUCUCUGGGUCACUUCCUCCACUCUCAAACUCCUCCUCCGUUCUUGGUGGCUCACAGGAGACACCUAUCGAGGAGGAAACGGCCCCAGCCCGUGAUCUGCAGCCUGUUCCCGCUUUGUCCACAAAAAACCCACCAUCUGCAGCACCGGGCCCAGAGUCAGCUGCACCUCAGGGUCCAGCUCAGGCCCCGAGUUCCAGCGUCCUCGGCUCCUCGGCAGUGAGAUGCCACGGGGGAGACUCCCCUGGAGGCUGGACGCUCUCUCUUGGUAGUGUGCAGGAAGCUCUGUUUGGUUGGAAAGGUUUCGCAGCUCGUAGCGGUGCAUCCAACAGCCAAGGCCUACCCCCCGUCGCUAAGGAAACCAGCCACAUUGAAUGAAGCAUUCAUAAUGAACGGAAGAGUUACUUGUUGGCUGCUGUUCAUCAGAUGUUUGCCCCUUCAUACAGGAUGUGCUCAGUGCUUUUCUGGAGAUGUGCUGAGAUACUGAGAGCAUGUGGACUGUUUUAAAAUCACACAGGGCUCUCCGCUCUGUUUCCCAGCUUAUACAUCUCAAAAUAAACCAUUUUCAUCUGAAUCACAGGAGAAAGUGACACUCCCUGAUGAGAUGGGCUUUGCCGACUAUGAGCUGGGAUUGAAUGGUGAUAUAUUGCACAUGUUCCUACAGCGUACAAUCAUGAAUGGCUGACAGGAUAUCAUGAGAUUGACGAUGUACAACGUCUAAAUGAGGGAUGGAAAUAGAUGCGAAGAUAACUUUAUUAUUAUUCAUUAUCUCAAAGAUUGUUUCCACUUUCACAAAGAUUAGACUCGUUGACAGCUAUAAGGCAAACAGUACUCCUCAAAAUGAGCUGAAUAACUUUCAGUGAAGUGUUUGUAUCUCUGUGUUCACUAUAGUUCUCAGUGAGAACGGUACCCUCAGCUACAGAACAUUGCAAAAGACUCUUGCGAGAUUUCUGAGCCUUUUUCUUUCAUUGAUACGUUUUAUUUUACCUCUACUCCACAUGUUCUCUUUUUUGCAUCAUAUUGAUGUGUUUUAUAUAAGGGCCCAUAUUUGAGUUGUACCUUACAGCAAACUCUUAUUUUCUUCUGUUUGCAAGUUGGGCCUUUCUGUUGGUCUGACAAAGGCCCAGUUCAUCUUUAUGCACCUCUGAUGUAAUGAUAGAGUCUGGCUGACUCGGACAUGGCCGCAGUGCAAAGAAACUAAGUCUCGAUCAUACAUGUCACUUUUUGUGUGAACCGGAUUCAUACCGUAUACACACUGUUCAAUAAGUGCUUUAAAUUAGUCUUACUUUUUUUAGUCCCUAUUUUUAUUUGAAUGAAGGGAAGAGGUUUGGGAAUAAUUAUGCCUUAAUAAUGCCCAAAUUUGAGUCAGCUUACCUCUCAUUUCUGACUCCUGAUGCAUCCAUCAAGCAUGGCACUGCAUCACAUUGCAAAUCCAGACAUGGGGUGAGAUAAUCAUUAUAGGGUAAACAGAGGAACAAUAUAAAUCUGCUCUCAGAUCUCUCCAAAGGGGCAGAGGAUAUGGUCUGGAAAAACAUAUUAAAGAAGAAUAUGCUGUACCCUAGUUGGCCCCGUGCAUUGUUCAAGCACGGGUCAUUUCUGAGGGCAAAAUGUGAAGCUGUCGAAAGGUGGUCAAUAAACAUAUUACCCCUCUGUCACAGGAGAGAAACACA